AUGUCUUGCUUCUCUUUCUUCUCCCUUCUUCCAUUGUUGUUACUCCAAACCUCCAUAGCCACAGUAGCCCAUCAAGACGAUCUUCCAAACCUAACACUGUAUUCCAAGAGCUCCCCUGCCCAAACACCGGGGCUCAAUGUAUCGACUGCGUGGACUGCACGAAAAGAUAUCACCAGGUACUCUUCCUUGUUACUCAAGAAAGAGACUCAAAAGCUUGCGGUCUUCCUUCGCAACGUGGUUUAUAGUGUGUUUACCGGAGUGUAUCACAUCACAAUCGGCGUCUCAUUUUACCCUAGCCACAAUCCAAAGAUAAUUACUGAUAAUUCGGGUUUCGAAUUUGUGUCCAACAAUAUUGCUGAUUUGAUCCUACCCAUUUCUCGAAACGUCGAAUCAAAAGAUGGUUUGUGGUUUCCAAUUGAGAACUCUGCUGAUGAGAAGCAAAUCAAGGAGUUCAAAAUUCCUCAGAACGCUUACAGGGCUGUGUUGGAGGUUAAUGUAUCGCCCAUCGAUAUCGAUGAUGUCAAGAACCAGUUGAUCCCAAUAACUCGAGUUGUUGGGAGAGACGGACCUUUCAGAGAUGUGGUGAUCCGUCUGGACGAUGUCGUGGUGGGCGAGAUCUGGCCUUACCCGGUGAUUUUCGGCGCAGGGAACGAUAUGUGGAAUCCUGUUGCCAGCAUUGGCUGCUUCGAUCUGCCAUCCUACGACAUCGAAUUGACUCCCUUCCUCGGGACUCUGCUCAAUGGAGGGAUUCACAAUCUGAGUUUCGGCAUAGGGAAUGCCGUCAGUGUAUGGUACAUAGAUGCCAACUUGCACAUAUGCAGCAGAGUAGAACAGUUCAUUCUUUCGAACGAUAGCAUUUCGUUCGUCAAGAACUCCAGUACUGUUCCUAACUUCCUUUCGUUCGACUCGGUGAAGAAGUUUACCCUAUCGAACAAGGACGAAAUGGUACCAUCGUCGACUGGAGGUGACGGAAAUGAUGUUCAGCGAACAGAUAUCGAAACAGGGUACGACGACGAGAAGACGUGUAACGACUUUGAAUCUGGAGCUGUGAUGACAACCAGCUUGAAAGAUCAGCAGAUUGGCAAUGGCGUUUGGAUUGUCAAGAACUUUUCGUGGCUAGAUGAAGUACUGGAUAUGAAGCAAUUAUACAACUACAAGAAUGUUGGUGACAAUAGCAAGGUAUGUUAUUUGAGGAGCAUUGCCACCUCAAACGCCACCAUCGUUUAUGACAAGGAAGAUGUUAAGUGCUAA